AUGUCAUCAACAGAUAAAAAACAAACGCAUGAAGAGCAACAUGGAUUGACUGGCACAACAACUGGCUCAAGUGGAGAUCAUUUAUCUCAAACAGGUGCUAGUCGUUUAGGAACGAGUGGUGCAUCAGGUGAUAUGGGAAAUGAAAAAAGUUUGCAUGGCACACAUUCAGAAAAAGAGCAUAGUAAUGAACCUGCUGCCACAAGUCCACCCGGUACAUCCGCAAAUCGAACUGGACCAUCAGCAGCAGCCACUGGUCUCUCUGGCACUCAAUAG